AUGUCCAAGGCCAACGCGAAACCGAAGCCCAAACAACAAGUAAUCGAUCCCACAAACGAAGUUCACAAAAUGAUCAUUCAUCGAGAGUACCUAGAAUGAAACCAAAGAUAUGAGCGAUUUUCUGGCAAGUACAGAAUAAAUCCUUAUCACAUGACUACUGUCACUGCAAAGCCCAACCAAGUUGACCCAACUGUCUUAGGGAACGAGCGCUAUGUUCCUACUAUUUAUCGAGACCCCACUGAAGAAGCCUUUUCAUCUGACUAUUUAAAAAGAACCAUCAAUAGGGGAAUCAUGACUCCAGGCCAAAAAUAUAGAGGCCCUCAAACAAGUUCCCAAGAAAUAGGAUGGUAUAAUCAUCCAGUCAUUAUGAGGCCAAGGACCCAAACUGACUGGCACAACAGAUCCAAGAACAAAUGUUUCGAAACUUUCUUUGCUGAAGAGUUCUUGAAGUCAGCAGGAACAAGUCCGUUUAAAGUGAAAACAAGGUCCAUAGUUAAAAAAUAA